UGGCUGUGAUGUCUCAGGGAGUUGUCACUUCAAGAAGGGACACCUAAGAAGAUGAGGGGAGGGGGUGACAGAAGGUGACACCAGGCAGAAACCCCAUGUGGGCAGCGCCAAAAUGGGCAUCACCUGCCACUCAGAGGGGCACGUGGGCAUCCAGCAGUGCCACCCACUGCUGUGUCCCCCUGCCCAGGCUGUGGCAGUGCACUGCAUGCUGGGCCAUGGCAGGACUGGCACGCUGCUGGCCUGUUACCUGUGCAAGGAGCAGCACCUGGCAGGGGGUGAUGCCAUCCGUGAGAUCCGGCGCCUCCGGCCCGGCUCCAUCGAGACCUCAGAGCAGGAACAGGCCGUGCUCCGCUUCUGCCAGUGCCUGGGCGCUGGCAAGGAGAGCUGAGCACAUGGAUGGCACCCAUGGAAUUGGGCACCCUGAGGUGCCAGGCGUGCCCAGCCCUGUCUGUCACCUCCUGCAUUAAAGGACUGGCCUGUGGCUUC